AUGUUUUACUGUUUGCUUUGGAUAUUUACUGUGCUUUGCAGAACCUAUAAAGCAGAUAGAAAUUCUAUGAGAAAUGCUUACAUUUCUCCUCAGUCUCCUGAAAUUGAAAGAGGUUCAACCUUAAAACUUCUUUGCAUUCUGGGAAACUAUGACAUGCCUUACAGAAAUGCAAGUCACAUUAUCUGGAAGUUGAAUCAGAAUUUGAUUGCACAAGAAAACUACAACAUUAUCAAUGAAACUGUUGCUGGUGUAACCAUCCAUAAUUUCACCCAUGAAAGUGCACAUGUGAAAUGCUUAAUUAAAUAUCCAGAUAAAGAACAACUUCUGGUUCACACCAAAGUUAAAUCUGGCUUUCCACCAAGCACACCAGGGAAUAUUUCCUGCAUUUACCAUUACAAUGUUAAAUUUACUUGCAGUUGGAUUCCAGGAAAAGAAACGUAUCUUACAACAAAAUAUACUCUUGUUAGAAAGCGACCCAUUUUUAUGACGACAAAUUGUGAUGAUAUUUGCCAAACAAAUCAGAGUAUAUGCUAUUCAUUUUAUCCAGUCACUGAUCGAAACUAUGGUAAUGUGAGAGAGGAAGAUGCUUUAGUUGAAGACAAAUUGGAUUUUCAUUCUAUGCAAGAUAUAAAAUCAGACAAUAUAAAAAAUGUUACCUGCAUUUAUUUUUAUGAUGGCUGUUGUGUUCGCAGAUGGACUGCAAGAAAAGUUACCUAUCUUAAAAAAACAAAAUACGCUCAGGUUAAUAUUCUGGAUCAAAAUUUGAAGGAUGCAAUUCAAGAGGAUACCUGUCAAAGCAACAAUGGAUCAUGUUCGUUUUUCCCCCCAGAUAUUCCAUUUGCUGAAGACUAUUGUUGUCAGGUGAAAGCUGAAAAUGUCUUGGGUGUAGGCAUAUCUGAUUGCGUUCCUAUAAAUAUGAAUAAAAUAGUGAAAACUAAGCCUCCUAAGAUAGUUUCAGUAGAAAAAAUUGCUGGUGUAAAGCAAUUGCUUAACAUAACAUGGGACAAACCUGAUCCAACAUUACUAGAUUUAAAUUGUCGUCUUCGAUACAGAAACACAAAUUCAAAUACUUCGGUAACAGCUACUUUCACUAUGAAUCAAAAUAAAAGAAGAACAUCAUUUAAUCUCACGGAUCUAUGGGAUUUUACAGAGUAUGCUAUUGCCAUUCAAUGUGUUGGUGUAGAAUCAGAAAUCUGGAGUGAAUGGAGUAAAGAGAAAAUAGGAAGAACAGAACAACAAGCUCCUUCAAAAAAAGUGGAUUUGUGGAGAGUAAUUGAAUCUUCACCGUCAGCUGCAAAUAGAUAUGUGCAUCUUAUGUGGAAGGUGUUAAAAGAAUAUCCAUCUUCUGAGUGUCUACUUGGCUACAAAAUACGGUACUGUCCAGAAAACAAUGCUUCUUUUAAAAUGACGCACAACACUGCUGACAAGGCGGCCAUGCUCCUUUUAACAGGGGAAGCCUAUGUGAUAUCUGUUGUUGCAUAUAACUCGGUUGGAGAGUCUCCUGAGGCUACUCUAAGAAUUCCAUCUAUUGGUGAAAAAACUCCCAAAUGGAUUGAUACAGUGAGGACACUUACUUUAAAUGAACAAAUGGUUGUGGAAUGGGAAGCAUCAGUUUCAGAAAUAAGCAGAUAUGUCAUUGAAUGGUAUGAGGAGUUGGAGACUGAGCCCUUGGGUAGAUCAUGGCAAUAUAUAUUAAAUACUACAAAGUGGACAGCUCAGAAAGAUGCCUUUAAAUCCUUCAAAUGCUAUAAUAUCUCAGUGUAUCCUCUCUAUGGAAAUAAAAUAGGAACUCCACAUUCCAUACAAGCUUAUGUUCAAGAAGGACGUCCAUCAGUUGGUCCUGUGGCUAAAACAGACAAUCUGGGAAAAAAUGAGGCUAUGAUAAAAUGGAAGAAGAUUCCAAAAGAUAAAAGAAAUGGCUUUAUUAUUAACUAUACAAUAUUUUAUAAACCUGAAGGUGGAAAAGAAUUAAAUGAAACUGUGAACUCUGAUGUUCUGCAAUACAGUCUGAAGUCUCUGCAAGCAAACACCCAGUAUACUGCUCAUGUCAUGGCAGCCACCAAAGCUGGGGGAACCCAUGGAAACAGAAUAACCUUCAGCACUUUGAAAUUCAGCAAAGAAGACUUUAUUUUUAUAACAAUACCGUUUGGAUUCUGUAUGCUCUUAUUAUUAAUCCUUGGGAUAACCUGUACUCUAAAAAAACACACGUUGAAAAAGGUUUGCUGGCCUGAUAUACCAAAUCCUGCAGAGAGCAUUGCUGUGGAGUGGCCUACUGACAUGCUUAAGAAUAAUUUGCCUCUGAAGGAAGUACAAUCUGAGGAUGGGACAGUAGAUCCUGAAGGCAUCUGUGUUUUGGAAUCAUGCUUUCCUGCUGAAGACCACACUGCAUUAUUAGUAAAGAGUCAUGAGAACUAUGAUUCUAAACAUACAAAUGUUUGUAAAAAGGACAUGGGUAAUGGACAUAAAAAUAUUUUGUAUGGUGAAGAAUAUGAAGUUGUAAAACCACUAUCACCAUCAAUUCCAUAUAUAGUUACAGAACAAGACUUCAGGAGUCAAAUGCUGCUUUCAGCUUUGAUACCUACCAGGAGAAUCCAACAUCAGCAUCUAGAAAUAUCAAAAGAGGGCUUAUGUGAGUUCCUGCAUUCUUCAAUUGAGAAUUCCAAAGAGAAUGAAAAGGAGGAAGUUCUAGAACACACAGAUUUCAAAGAAGAAACUAAAAUCAAUCCAUAUCUGAAGAAUUCUUUAAUACAAGGGAAUUUCUAA